CAUUAGUGUCACUUGGAGCAGCUCUCUGCCUGCAGGCUGGUCCAGUCCCUGCAGGAGACAGAGAUGGGAACUCUCCCUGCUGGGAUGCAGAGACCUGUUGCUCUACUUGCCCUGGGGCUUCUCUUCACUUUCUACAUCCAGAAAGCUCACAGUCAGACAUGCUCAUCUGGAAGUUUCAGGUGUUCGAAUGGCCGUUGUAUUCCUCUAAGCUGGAGAUGUGAUGGAACAGCAGAUUGUACAGACAAUUCCGAUGAAGCUGGUUGUCCCCCCCGCACCUGUUCGACAUCGCAGUUUCGUUGUGGAGAUGGAGACUGCAUCACCAGCUCAUGGGUUUGUGAUGAUGAAGAGGACUGUGAUGAUGGCUCAGAUGAACAACAUUGCCCUGGAAGGACAUGCUCUGCUCAGCAAUUCACAUGUUCGUCUGGACAGUGUAUCCCUAGGGCAUACAGGUGUGAUCGCAUGAAAGACUGCACAGAUGGGGCCGACGAGAGAAACUGCCUAUACCCUGUGUGCACUGAGCUCUCUUGCGGUAGCGGAGCAUGUUAUAACAGAAGCCAACGUUGUGACGGAAUUGUAGACUGCCGGGAUUCCUCGGAUGAGUCCAACUGCACUCAGAGAUGUCUAAGUAGUCAGUUCCAGUGUCCGAGCGGAGAGUGUAUCCCACGAGAUUUCCUCUGUGACCACGAUGACGACUGCGGGGAUGAAAGCGACGAGAAAAAUUGCACUUACCCCACUUGUCGGGGAGAUUACUUCACCUGCUCAAAUGGUCGCUGCAUACAUCAGACCUGGCUUUGUGAUGGAGAUGAUGACUGUGACGACAAUGGGGAUGAAUGGGGAUGUGAAGGAGGGCAUAGGGAAUGUGGUCCGGGGGAGUGGGCCUGUCCUUCUUCUGGCCAGUGCAUUCCAGUAGAUAAAGUUUGUGAUGGGAUUGUGCAUUGUCGGUUUGGGGAAGAUGAAAGCAACAUAACCGCAGGGCGAAACUGCAGUACAAACAACUGUGCAUCUCUGAGCUGCCAGCAUCGCUGCCAUUCUUCCCCAGCCGGAGGCCUUUGCUACUGUCCUGCAGGAUAUGUUAUCAGCAGCAAUGACAGCCGGACUUGUAUUGAUUUUGAUGACUGCAAAAUGUGGGGAAUCUGUGAUCAGUUUUGUGAAGAUCGCAUUGGAAGCUAUCGAUGUAGCUGUGCAGAAGGAUAUAUUCUAGAACACCAUAAACACUGCAGAGCCAACUCCACCAGGGGCCCUCCAUCAAUUAUCUUUUCCAAUGGACGGGAUCUACUAAUUGGUGACAUACAUGGGGGUAAUUCCCGAAUUUUGGUCCAGUCACAUAACCGUGGUGUAGCUGUGGGAGUCGACUUUCACUUUCAGCUCCGUCGUGUAUUUUGGACAGACACAGUGCAAAACAAGGUUUUCUCUGUUGAUAUUGAUGGUUCAAACGUCCGUGAAGUCUUAAAUAUCUCAAUCGAAACCCCUGAAAAUCUUGCUGUUGACUGGGUUAGUAAUAAAAUUUAUGUGGUUGAAACCAGCAUCAAGAGGAUUGAUAUGGUGGAUCUGGAUGGUCAGAACAGGAUAACACUUAUAGCAGAAGAUCUAGGUAACCCUAGAGGAAUUGCACUUGAUCCAUCUGUAGGGUACUUAUUUUUCUCCGAUUGGGGUAGCAAUUCUGAAGAGUCCAAGUUGGAAAGAGCAUUUAUGGAUGGCACUAAUCGUCAUGACAUUAUUAAGACAAAGUUGGGUUGGCCAGCUGGCAUGACCCUGGAUAUUAUAACAAAAAGGCUUUACUGGGUAGAUAGUCGAUAUGAUUACAUUGAGACAACAACCUAUGAUGGUUUAGACAGGAGGACAGUUGUACAUGGUGGCAAUGUUAUUCCUCAUCCUUAUGGCCUGAGCAUAUUUGAACAUUAUUUGUAUUUUACUGACUGGACUAAAGUUUCCGUAAUGAAGGCCAAUAAAUUCACUGACAACAGCACGCAAGUUGUUUACCGCUCUUCUUCAAGACCCUACGGUGUCACAGUUUAUCAUUCCGCCAGGCAGCCUUAUGUGCGGAAUCCAUGUGGAACCAAUAAUGGAGGCUGCGAGCAAAUCUGUGUUCUGAGUCACAGAACAGACAAUGGCGGGCUUGGUUAUAGAUGCAGGUGCAAACUGGGCUUUGACCUACAUGAAGAUGGACGUCGUUGUGUGGUGGUUCGGAAAUUCUUGCUCUUUUCCUCCCAACUGGCAGUCCGUGGCAUCCCUUUCAACCUCUCCACUCAAGAAGAUGUUAUCAUUCCUAUCACCGGGGUCCCCUCUUAUUUCGUUGGAAUAGAUUUUGACGCUCAAGAUAACGCCAUCUUUUACUCAGACACUGUAAAAGACAUGAUCUAUAAACAGAAAACUGACGGAACAGGCAAGGAGAUUUUGACAGCUAACAGGGUGGAAGGUGUAGAGGACUUGGCUUACGACUGGAUUUCAAAGAACCUUUACUGGACAGACCCGAGAUACAGAAGCAUUAGUGUAAUGAAGUUGGCGGAUAAAUCCCGAAGAGCAAUUAUCCAGAACCUGAACAAUCCUCGUUCCAUUGUUGUACAUCCAGUGAUUGGAUAUAUAUUUUGGACAGACUGGUACCGACCAGCUAAAAUUAUGCGGGCUUGGUGCGACGGAUCACACUUACAACCGAUUGUCAAUAGCAGCCUUGGGUGGCCAAAUGGCUUGGCUAUGGAUUGGAGUUCAUUGCGUUUGUAUUGGGUUGAUGCCUUUUUCGAUAAAGUUGAGCACAGCACAUUUGAUGGUUUGGACAGACAAACGCUGAACCGCAUCACACAGAUGACUCAUCCCUUCGGCCUCACUAUUUAUGGAGGUUAUGCAUAUAUUACUGACUGGCGACUUGGAGGCAUAGUGCGUGUCAGAAAAUAUGACGGGGGAGAGAUGACAAUUAUACGCAGAGGCAUUAAUAACAUCAUGCAUGUGAAGUCAUUUGAUGCUAGCACUCAGAUAGGGUCAAAUUAUUGCAACAGGCCAACAAAUCCCAAUGGAGAUUGCAGCCAUUUUUGCUACCCAGUGCCCAAUCUCCAAAGGGUUUGUGGGUGCCCAUAUGGCAUGAGGUUACGUCCUGAUCAGCAGACAUGCUUUGAUGAUCCAGCCAGUGAGCCACCAACCAUGCAGUGUGGGUCUUACUCUUUCCCCUGUGCUAAUGGCAAGUGUGUUCCAGUCUAUGAUCGCUGUGAUGGAGUUGAUGACUGCCAUGAUAACAGCGAUGAAGCCAAUUGUGGAACUCGGAAUAACACAUGUUCUUCCAGGGCAUUUACAUGUGGUAAUGGGCAGUGCAUUCCCCUGAACUGGCGCUGUGAUGGUCACAAUGACUGCGUCGACAGGAGCGAUGAGCAAAAUUGCCCCACUCAAGGCCCUCGUUCCUGCUCAUCCACUUCCUUCACUUGCCAAAAUAACCGAUGUAUUCCUCGUAUAUGGCUUUGUGACACAGAUAAUGACUGCGGGGAUGGAUCAGAUGAGUUAAAUUGCAAUUUUACAAGUACCUGCGAACCGGGACAAUUUCAGUGUCCAGAUCAUCGGUGUAUAGAUCCGUCUUAUGUUUGUGAUGGAGACAAGGAUUGUGUUGAUGGUUCAGAUGAGAUGGGCUGUACAUACAAUUGCUCGUACUCUGAAUUCAAAUGUGCCAGUGGUGAUCAGUGCAUCAGUACCGGUUACCAAUGCGAUGGAGUCUUUGACUGCAAUGAUCACUCUGAUGAACUCAACUGCCCGACUAGACCAGCUGGAAUGUGCCACCAGAAUGAAUUCCAAUGCCAGUCAGAUGGGGCCUGUAUCCCCUCAAACUGGGAAUGCGAUGGGCAUCCUGACUGCAUUGAUGGCUCAGAUGAACAUAACACAUGCCCAGUUAGAAGCUGCCCUCCCUCUAUGUUCCGUUGUGACAAUGGAAACUGCAUUUAUCGCUCCUGGAUCUGUGACGGAGACAACGACUGCCGAGACAUGAGUGAUGAAAAAGACUGCCCAACACCACCCUUCCGUUGCCCCAGUUGGCAGUGGCAAUGCCCAGGCAAUACUAUAUGUAUAAACGUCAGUAAAGUAUGCGAUAACACCCCAGACUGCCCUAAUGGGGCAGAUGAGUCACCGCUAUGCAAUGAAUAUCAACCAGAUCAGGAGAGCUGUACUGAUAAUAAUGCUGGGUGCACUCACCAGUGUAUCCAGGGACCAUUUGGAGCACAAUGCACUUGCCCAGAAGGAUACAGUCUCUCAAAUGAUUCCAAAACCUGUGAGGAUAUCAAUGAGUGCCUGACACCUGGGUUUUGCAGUCAAACCUGCUACAAUGAAAGGGGAUCAUACAGGUGUUAUUGUGAGGACGGAUACAUUUUAGAACCCAAUGGAAGAACUUGCAAGGCCGCAGGGUCUGCUAAUCUCUUGCUUCUGGUGGCUAGUCGUAACCAAAUCAUUGCUGACAAUAUCACCACACAAGCACAUAACAUUUAUCCAGUCAUCCGAGAUGGGAGAACUAUUGUGGCUAUUGAUUUUGAUUCAGUUACCAAUCGAAUUUUUUGGUCUGAUAUUGCACAGGAUAAGAUCUGGAGUGCAUUUGUAAAUGGUACAGACAGAAAAGUGAUUUUCGACAGUGGUGUCACGGUAACAGAAAGCAUUGCUGUUGACUGGGUGGGACGAAAUCUAUAUUGGACCGACUAUGUAUUAGAAACAAUCGAGGUCUCUCAGCUCGAUGGAACACACAGAACUGUGCUCAUUAGCGAAAAUGUGACAAAUCCAAGAGGACUUGUACUGGAUCCCAGAACAGAUGCUCAUGUCAUGUUUUGGACAGAUUGGGGUAGAAACCCCCGAAUUGAAAGAGCCAGCAUGGAUGGCAAAAUGAGAACUGUAAUUGUUUCCAAUAAGAUCUACUGGCCCAACGGCCUUGCCAUUGACUACCCCAACAAACGUCUUUACUUUGCAGAUGCCUACCUUGACUAUAUUGACUAUUGUGAUUAUGAUGGCAAUAACAGGAAACAGGCAAUGGCCAGUGAUCUGGUGCUGCAACAUCCACAUGCUAUUACCAUUUUUGAAGACUAUGUUUAUUGGACUGAUCGGUACACCAGUCGGGUAAUUCGAGCCAAUAAAUUUCACGGUGGCAAUCAGACUGUCAUGAUUUAUAAUAUUCAUCAGCCACUGGGGAUUUCUGCAGUUCAUUCUGUCAAACAGCCUGGAGGUGUCAAUCCCUGUGCUUUCAAUCCCUGCAGUCAUAUUUGUUUGUUAUCGUCCAUUGGGCCGAAAUUCUAUUCAUGUGCUUGUCCCUCUGGAUGGACACUGGUUUCAGAUUCUGUCAACUGCCAGAGAGAUGAAAAACCUUUCCUCGUUGUAGUAAGGGAUAGUAUUAUCUUUGGGAUGUCCCUUAACCCUGAUGAUAAAACCAAUGAUGCCAUGGUGCCAGUGGCAGGAAUUCGUAAUGGGUAUGAUGUUGACUUUGAUGAUUCAGAGCAAAUGAUCUAUUGGAUUGAGAAUCCUGGUGAAAUUCACAGAGUGAAGUCAGAUGGAACGAACAGAACUGUAUUUGCUCCGGCAGCGAUCAUUGGUGCACCUGUUGGUUUGGCUUUGGACUGGAUUUCAGGAAAUCUUUACUACACAAACCCACGAACUCAGUCUAUUGAGGUAAUAAAACUACGUGGAGAAGUGAAGCACAGAAAAACUCUUAUUACAAAUGAUGGAACACAGACAGGAGCAGGGGCACCUAUUGGUAUUGCUGUUGAUCCAGCCAGAGGAAAAAUGUACUGGACAGACCAAGGAAUAGAUGGAGGGACCCCAGCAAAAGUUGCCAGUGCUGAUAUGGAUGGCUCUAAUCCAUCUGUCCUGUUUACUAAUAACUUGGAUCAUAUUGAAUUUAUUACAAUUGACACUGCAGAGCAAAAACUUUACUGGACUGUUACAGGCACUGGUAUGAUUGAAAGAGGAAAUAUGGAUGGUACAAACCGAGUUACUGUGGUCAACCAUCUCUCCCACCCUUGGGGAAUAGCCAUCCACGAGGCUUUCCUUUACUACUCUGACCGUGAUUAUGAAGUUAUCGAAAGGGUAGACAAGUCUACCGGAGCCAACAAAGUUGUGAUGAGAGACAACAUUCAGGGACUGAAGUGCCUGCGUGUCCAUUACAGAGACAACUCUGCUGGUUCUUCCAAUGGUUGCAGUAAUAAUCCAGAUGCCUGUCAGCAGCUCUGCUUUCCAAAACCCCAAGGACAGUUCUCUUGUUCCUGCGCAACAGGUUUCAAGAUAAAUGCUGACAACAGAACUUGCUCACCAUACAGCUCCUUUAUAGUGGUUUCCAUGCUAACAGCCAUCAAAGGGUUCAGCUUAGAGGCUGCUGACCAUUCAGAAGCAAUGGUGCCAAUGGCAGGUCGAGGUCGCAAUGCCCUUCAUGUUGAUGUUCACAUGCCUUCCGGAUAUAUUUAUUGGUGCGACUUUAGCAGCACACCUGGAGCAAACAAUGGAAUCCGCCGAGUUAAACCUAAUGGCUCUUCUUUUAGAAACAUUGUGACAGGUGGAAUAGGAAGGAAUGGAAUCCGUGGAAUUGCUGUUGAUUGGGUAGCAGGAAAUCUCUAUUUCACAAAUGCUUUCUUGACUGAGACCUUCAUAGAGGUGUUGCGUCUGAACACAUCAUACCGUCGUGUUCUAAUGAAAACUACAGUAGACAUGCCACGGCACAUAGUGGUAGAUCCAAAGAACAGAUACAUCUUCUGGGCAGAUUAUGGGCAAAGUCCUAAAAUUGAACGGGCUUUUCUUGACUGCACCAACAGGACAGUGCUGGUGUCUGAAGGAAUUGUUACACCCCGUGGUUUAGCAGUGGAUCGCACCAAUGGUUAUGUUUACUGGGUUGAUGACUCACUGGAUAUGAUCGCUAGAGUCAAAUCAGAAGGAGGUGAAACAGAGAUUGUGCGCUAUGGCAGCCGGUAUCCCACACCAUAUGGAAUUACAGUCUUUGAAAAUUCCAUCAUUUGGGUGGAUAGGAAUCUGAAGAAAAUCUUCCAGGCCAGUAAAGAGCCUAGCAAUUCUGAACAACCUAGCGUCAUCAGAGACAAUAUUAACCUUCUGAGAGAUGUUACAGUCUUUGAUAGUCGCUAUCAGCCAACUUCUCCACAGGAACUGAACAAUAACCCAUGCUUUCAGAACAAUGGAGGAUGCUCACAUUUAUGCUUUGCCUUGCCUGGACAGCAGACACGAAAAUGUGGGUGCGCUUAUGGCACAUUAGCAAGUGAUGGAACCAGAUGCGUCAUAUCCACAGAUGACUACUUGAUAUUUGCCCUUGAAGGUUCUAUUAGAAGCUUACUUUUGGAUCCUGAGAAUCACAGCCCUCCCUUUCCUCCAGUCAAUGUUUUCAGAACAGCGGUGGCUCUGGAUUAUGACAGUUUGGAUAACAGAGUGUAUUUUACUCAAAGUUCUGGAGCUGGACGUAGCCGGAUCAGUUAUUUUAGCCUCAGUUCCCCAAGUGGUCCUCGUACAACAGUUGCAUCAGAUUUGGGAGCUCCGGAUGGCAUAGCCUUUGACUGGAUACACAAAAGAGUUUAUUACAGUGACUACUUAAAUCAGACCAUAAACUCAAUGGCAGUGAAUGGGUCAGAUCGCACUGUGAUUGCACGUGUACAGCGACCUAGGGCUAUCAUGCUGGACCCAUGCAGAGGAUAUAUGUAUUGGACUGAUUGGGGUACGAACGCCAAAAUAGAACGAGCUACACUUGGAGGAAAUUUCCGGACAGCAAUUGUAAACACCAGCCUUGUCUGGCCAAAUGGACUUACCCUUGACUAUGAAGAAGAACGGCUGUAUUGGGCUGAUGCAAAUUUGCAGAAGAUUGAACGCUGCUCUUUAACGGGGACAAACCGAGAAGUGGUUGUUAGCACAGCUGUGUAUCCAUUCGCCAUGACCCUUUAUGAUCAGCACAUUUAUUGGACUGACUGGAACACCAGGAGCAUUUACAGAGCCAACAAGCACGAUGGUUCCGACCAGAUAAUUAUGAUACAGAACCUUCCUCAGCGUCCCAUGGAUAUUCAUGUUCUGUCCAAAAAUAAGCAGCAGCAGUGCAGCAGCCCUUGUGAUCAGUUCAAUGGUGGCUGUAGUCACAUCUGUGCCCCAGGUCCCAACGGGGCAGAGUGUCAGUGUCCUGCCUCUGGUCGCUGGUACUUGGCCAAUAAUAACAAGGACUGUAUUGUAGACAAUGGGACAAGGUGUGAAAAUGGCAAGUUUACCUGUCUCAAUGGCCGCUGUAUUCCUGAGCGACACAAAUGCGACAAUGACAAUGACUGCAGAGAUGGCAGCGACGAACUGGAACGUGUAUGUGCUUUCCACACAUGCCCUUCUACCUCCUUCACAUGUGGCAACGGGAGAUGUGUGCCUUAUCAUUACCGAUGUGACCAUUACAAUGACUGCGGAGAUAACAGUGAUGAGCUGGGCUGUUUGUUCCGCACCUGCGACCCAAACACAGAGUUUACUUGCAACAAUGGCAGGUGUAUCUCCCGCGCCUAUGUCUGCAAUGGAGUAAACAAUUGCUUUGACAACGGCACAUCUGAUGAACGGAAUUGCCCUGAUCGCACAUGUCAACCGGGGUACACAAAAUGCCGCAGCACUAACAUUUGCAUUCCUCGUACCUAUCUUUGUGAUGGAGAUAAUGACUGUGGAGAUAUGAGCGAUGAAAGCCCUACUCACUGUGUUACCCUGACUUGCACUGAAAGUGAAUUCCGUUGCUCCUCUGGGCGCUGCAUUCCAGGACACUGGUAUUGUGAUCAGGGCGUAGACUGCUCCGAUGGCUCAGAUGAACCACCCACUUGUGUUGCCCAUGUGCGGACUUGUUCAAGUGACCAGUUCAGGUGUGACGAUGCCCGCUGUAUCCCAGCAUCUUGGAUCUGUGAUGGAGAUAAUGACUGCGGUGAUAUGAGUGAUGAAGAUCAAAGGCACAAUUGUGCCAACCGUAGCUGUGCACCGACAGAGUUUACUUGCAUAAACAACAGGCCUCCAGAGAGAAGGUGCAUCCCUCAAUCCUGGGUGUGCGACGGAGAUGCCGAUUGCUCUGAUGCCUAUGAUGAACAUCAGAACUGCACGAGAAGGUCCUGCUCAAGCAGUGAAUUUGCCUGUGCCAAUGGACUGUGUGUCCGUAGCAACUUCAGGUGUGACAGACGGAAUGAUUGCGGAGACGGCAGUGACGAGAGAGGCUGUAUUUACCCGACCUGUCAGCAGCAGCAAUUCACCUGUCAGAAUGGCCGAUGUAUCUCUAAAGCCUUUGUCUGUGAUGGGGACAAUGACUGCGGAGAUGAGUCCGAUGAGCUGGAGCAUACGUGCACUACAUCAGAGGCUACCUGCAACCCGCACUACUUUAAAUGUGACAAUUUGAUCUGUAUUGCACAAGGCAGCGUCUGCAAUGGAAAUGAUGACUGUGGCGAUAACAGUGAUGAGAAAGCGUGUGGUAUAAAUGAAUGCAACGACCCUUCCAUCAGCGGCUGUGAUCACAACUGUACAGACACACAGACAAGCUUCUUCUGUACUUGCCGACCAGGAUACCGGCUUAUGUCAGAUAAACGAACCUGUGAUGACAUUGACGAGUGCAGUGAAACACCUUCUGUAUGUAGUCAGAUUUGUGAGAACACCGCCGGUUCCUACAUCUGCAAGUGUGCCCCCGGCUACAUACGAGAGCCCAAUGGGAGAAACUGCCGACAGAACAGCAACAUCAAUCCUUAUCUUAUAUUCAGUAACCGUUACUAUCUGAGGAACCUCAGCCUUGAUGGUCAGUCCUACUCGCUUAUUUUGCAAGGUCUGAGCAUUGUUGCGGCUCUGGACUUUGAUCGGGUGGAGAGCAGACUGUAUUGGAUUGAUGCUGGAAGAAGGGUUAUUGAGAGAAUGUUCCUAAAUGGCACAAAUAAGGAAACUAUUAUUAAUAAUGACAUUCCUGCUGGGGAAGGAUUGGCCGUUGAUUGGAUUGGCAGGAAAAUAUACUGGUUGGACUCGUAUAAAGACUGCCUUAACGUCGCCGACCUGGACGGGAGGUUUCGGAAAAAGCUAAUUGAUCGCUGCAUUGACGCCAAUAAUACUUUCUGCUUUCAGUAUCCUAGAGCAAUUGUUGUUCAUCCCAAAAAAGGAUAUGUGUAUUGGACAGACUGGGCAGACAAACCCUUUAUCGGCAGAGCGGGAAUGGACGGCAAGAACAAAACGGUUAUCAUCUCAACUAAGAUAGAAUGGCCGAAUGGACUCACGAUAGAUUAUACCAACGACAUGCUGUACUGGGCUGAUGCCCACCUAAACUACAUUGAAUACUCUGACUUGGACGGGAGGCACCGGCACACUGUGUACGAUGGAAAUCUACCUCAUCCUUUUGCAAUCACUGUGUUUGAAGAUAAUAUCUACUGGACUGACUGGAACACAAGAACUGUGGAAAAGGGAAACAAAUAUGAUGGAUCUGGAAGGACCAUGUUAGCGAACACCACGCACAGGCCUUUUGAUAUACAUGUCUACCAUCCCUACAGGCAGCCUAUUACAAACAACCCCUGUGGCCGGAACAACGGUGGCUGCUCCCACUUGUGUCUCAUAAAAGAAGGGGGUCAAGGAUACACCUGCGAAUGUCCGGACAAUUUCUUGGCGGUGCAGUUUGGAUCAGUGGUGCGUUGCCUCCCAGCAUGUUCCAGUACUCAGUUUUUAUGUGCAGACAGUGAAAGAUGUAUCCCAAUCUGGUGGAAAUGUGAUGGCCAGAGAGACUGCAGAGAUGGCUCAGAUGAACCAGCUACCUGCCCUCAGAGAUACUGCCGCGUCGGCCAGUUCCAGUGUAAUGACGGAAACUGCACAAGUUCUUUCUUCAUGUGCAAUUCUUACCCUGACUGCCCAGAUGGCUCAGAUGAGGAUCAAAUACUUUGUGCCAACCAUCAGUGUGACACCCACCAAUGGCAAUGUGCAAACAAGCGCUGUAUUCCCGAGUCGUGGCAGUGCGAUCAAGAGGAUGACUGUGGAGACAACUCUGACGAAGACAGCGCCCACUGCUCUACCCGAACCUGUAACCCUGGGCAAUUCCGAUGCAACAAUGGACGCUGCAUCCCACAGAGCUGGAAAUGUGAUGUGGAUGACGACUGCGGAGAUCACUCGGAUGAGCCUUUUCAAGAGUGCAUGGGGCCUGCCUAUCGUUGUGAUAACCACACAGACUUUGACUGUAGGACCAACUAUCGCUGUGUCCCAAUGUGGAGUGUGUGCAACGGUUAUGACGACUGCCGAGACAACUCGGAUGAACAGGGCUGCGAGCAAAGGACUUGUGAUCCUCGGGGAGAUUUUCGCUGUGAUAAUCAUCGCUGUAUUCCAUUGCGUUGGAAGUGCGAUGGAGAUAAUGACUGCAAUGACGGGUCUGACGAACGCAACUGCAGUCCAAGGGAGUGCACAGAAAGUGAAUUCCGCUGUGACAACCUGCGUUGCAUUCCUGGGCGCUGGAUCUGUGAUCAUGAUAAUGACUGUGAAGACAAUUCAGAUGAAAGAGAUUGUGAGAUAAGGACUUGCCACCCAGGGUAUUUCCAGUGCAACAGUGGCCACUGCAUCGCUGAACGUUUCCGCUGUGAUGGAACUGCAGACUGCCUGGAUGUCUCUGAUGAGGCAGCUUGCCCGACACGGUAUCCAAAUGGAACUUACUGCCCCGCUUCCAUGUUUGAGUGUAAAAACCAUGUCUGCAUUCAGCCCUACUGGAGAUGUGAUGGUGACAAUGACUGUGGAGAUGGAUCUGAUGAAGAGCUUCAGCACUGCUUGGAUAUUCCUUGUGAGCCUCCAUUCCGCUUCCGUUGUGGAAACAAUCGCUGUGUCUACAGACAUGAAAUAUGCAAUGGUGUGGAUGACUGCAGUGACGGAAGUGAUGAAACAGAGGAACAAUGUAGACCACCAACACCGAGACCAUGCACAGACGAAGAAUAUAAAUGUGGCAACCACUUCUGUGUUCCCCUUCACUAUGUAUGUGAUGACUAUGAUGAUUGUGGGGAUCAUUCAGAUGAAGCAGGCUGCAACAGAGGAACUCAAAGAAGCUGCUCAGAAAACAUUUGUGAACACAACUGUACUAAUUUAUCUGAAGGCGGAUUUAUAUGUUCAUGUCGGCCUGGAUAUAAAGCCAGUGAAUCUGAUCGGAAUUCAUGUGAAGAUAUUAAUGAGUGUGAGCUCUACAGAAAGUGCCCACAGGACUGCAAAAAUUCCAAGGGAAGCUAUGAAUGUUUCUGUGCUGAAGGCUAUAGAUCUGUUGGUGAUCAACAAGGAACCCAAUGUGCUGCAGAGGGCACUCCUCCUUUGCUUUUGUUACCUGACAAUGUCCGUAUAAGAAGAUACAACUUGUCAUCAGAGCAGUAUUCUGACUACAUUGAAGAUCAGCAGCAUGUCCAGGCCUUAGACUAUGAUUGGGAUCCGGAAGGAAUAGGCCUCAGUGUGGUGUACUACAGUAUCCGAGGCCAAGGCUCCACAUUUGGCUCCAUCAGACGCGCCUACCUGCCAACGUUUGAGGAUUAUGGGAAUAACCUGGUUAAAGAUGUUGAUUUAGACCUACGUUAUAUUGGUAACCCUGAUGGACUGGCUGUAGACUGGGUUGGAAGACAUAUUUACUGGACUGAUGCCGGCACUAAUCGGAUAGAAGUAGCAAAGCUGGAUGGAAGAUAUAGGAAAUGGCUAAUUUACACCCAGAUUGAUCAACCAGCAGCCAUUGUUGUCAACCCUGAGCUUGGAUUCAUGUACUGGACAGACUGGGGCAGGCAGCCUAAAAUUGAGUGCGCUUGGAUGGACGGCCAACAGAGGCAGGUUUUAGUUUCAGAAGACCUUGGAUGGCCAACUGGCCUCACCAUCGACUACAUAAACAAGAAUCGGAUUUACUGGAGUGACUCGAAAGAAAAUAUUAUUGAAUCCAUAAAGCCUGAUGGGACUGACAGACAGACGGUUAUAACAGGAGAUCUAGGUAACCCUUACAGCUUAGAUGUGUUUGAAGGUCAUUUGUACUGGACCACAAAGGAAAAAGGGGAGGUUUGGAAGAAAGACAAAUUUGGCACUGGUCAGAAAGUCAAAGUAUUAACAGUUAACCCUUGGCUCACACAAGUGCGGAUCUACCACGGCCAUCGAUACAAUCAUUCAGUGCCCAGUCAUUGCAAGGACGUCUGCUCCCAUCUUUGCUUGCUCAGACCGGGAGGCUACACAUGCUCCUGUCCCCAAGGAACCCGCUUUAUGGAAGGCAGUACCACUGACUGUGAUGCAGCUAUUGAAUCCCCCCCAACAAUGCCGCCAGCAUGCAGAUGUAUGCACGGAGGAAUAUGUUAUUAUGAUGAAAGUGGACUUCCAAAGUGCAAGUGCCAAUCUAGCUACAGCGGAAACUACUGUGAAAUGGGUUACUCCAAGGGCAUGCCUCCAGGAACAGCGGCUGUUGCAGUCCUUCUGACUGUCAUUCUGGUGAUAAUCAUUGGCUCUCUUGUAAUUGGAGGCAUUUUUAACUACAGAAGAACUGGCAAGCUUUUACCGUCACUUCCAAAAUUUCCAAGCUUAAGUGGUUUGGUGAAGUCUUCUGAAAAUGGCAAUGGCGUAACAUUCCGAUCAGGAACUGAUGUCAGCAUGGAUAUUGGCGUCUCUGGAUUUGGUGCAGAUUCUGCCAUCGACAGAGUAAUGCAGAUGAAUGAAACAUUUACUGUGGAUACUGGGAAGGAGCCCACUGUCUAUGAAAACCCCAUGUACACAACAAGUGAAGGUGCCGCCGUUGUUACCAUAAGCCGACCACCAGAUGUGACUAACAUCAACAAUAAUGGACAGGGGGCAGAUAAUUUUGAGAACCCACUAUAUGCAGUCGACACGCCCCAGUCAUCAGGGAGCCUGGAAACCACUCAGCCGGAAUCAAAGUGGAAUUUCUUCAAAAGAAAAAUUAAGCAAAGCACAAACUUUGAAAACCCAGUAUAUGCAGAGAUGGAAAAAGAGCAGCAAAAUGAGGCAGAAGAAGAUCCAUCACCGUUUACGUCACAGUCGCCAGAAAAAUCCUCCAAUAAAAAGGAACAACAGCCAUCCUCCUACUCGCCGACAGAAGACACCUUCAAAGACACUGCCAAUCUCGUCAAAGAGGAUUCCGAUGUAUAAAUAAAUAUAGGGAAAUGUACAAAUGCCAGAUCUCUCUUUUUUCACCCGUGUUUUCAUAUUUGUCAAGUCCAUAAUGUUAACAGUUCUACUUGAUAAAAAAAAAUAUCUAUUUUAGCCUAUAGGGGGAAAAAUGUUUAUUAAACUUUGCCUUGUUUUUUUUUUUUUUUUUAAUAUAAAUGCCAAUUGUUAUUUUUAUGAACAAUUAUCACUUGUACUAUAUGUAUAUCUUUGCACUGUAACUGUCUGAAAAUAAUAUUAUAAAUAUUGUGUAUAUUUGUAAAUUUUGGGAUAAACAAAUUGUUAUGUCGUCAAUGAUGCAUUUUCUUGCUACCCUAGAAUGAAUGUCAUGAAUUACAAUGUGUUUUUUUAAGCGAAAAAAAAAAGGAAUACUAAUGGCGCCAUGGACCUCAUUUACCAUUAACAGUCUUAUGUUGUACAGUUGUUUGUGUAAACAAGAAGCAUGAAAGCUACUAUAUUGUAUGUGUUCAUCCGCUCCUGUUUUCUAGUGCCUGCCUAGAGGAAUGUAAAUGGUAGAACAUGUCCUAUGCAAAACUUGGUACAAUCAAUUCUCUAUUAGUCAAAGAAAAACAUAAUUAAAAUAUUAAUUAAGUAAAAAUAUA